CCCCAGUGUCCUUACGGUUGGACUCAAGUCGGUAGUCGCUGCUUUACCUACAAUCAAACACCCAUGAGUUGGGAUUCUGCUAAGAGACACUGCUGGGGCUUGGGGGCAAACCUUGCAUCAGUGCACACUUACUGGGAGCACCAAAGGCUCGUGCAGCUGCUUGGCAACACGCCAGUUUGGAUUGGAGGAAGCAAAGGACUCAAGGGUACUUGGUUUUGGAGUGAUGGGACAGGUUCCUUUUUUUCACAAUGGUGCUGGGGAGAGCCAAGCAAUGGUUACUACGAGAACUGUCUGCAGAUGAGUUCUCGAGAUUCAAAUUGCUGGCUUGAUUCAUGGUGUGGAUAUCAUCUGCCAUCUGUUUGCGCCAAGAAUAUCGUCAAUUGACAGUGUUGGACUGACACUCAAGCACGAAACUCCCAUAAAACACACACUGAUGUGUGAUGGUGUUUGCUCUUUUUUGAGGAAUAAAGCUUCAAGCAAACAUGUCCG